AGUAAAAUGGGAACAGCGACCAAGCUGGCACUGCAUGCCGACCUCCUCUCCCCGCGAGCAGCUCAGGUGCUCCAAAGGUUGGAGCCCCACCUCCAUCAGCAAGAGGCUUUUGCUGACACCGCGGAAAGAAACCGGCAGAAGCUGGAGCUGAAGCGGCAGCUCCCCUGUGCUCGAUGCUCGUACCGCUCCAGAGGGGAAGGUGCUGGCAACAGUGGUGACGGCGCUGGAGCUGUCGGCAAGGGGGCUGGGAAGCUGUCCGGAUUUCCACCUGUGAAUGGCAAAUCGUAGAAUCAAAGACUUGUAGAAUGGCCUGGGUUGAAAAGGACC